AGAAAACUUUACUUAAACCAUUGAAGGACAAUAGUGUUAAGCAUUCAAAUGAAGAAGCAUUGAAACAAGCUUUUAUGGAUACUUUAAUUCUCACCCUUCAUGUAGACAUUGAACCAGAAUUUCAGGUGUAUUCUCAGAGUUCGAAUUUUGGUGGAAAAGCAAUCGACCUAGUGAAGACAAAUACUGGAAAAAGGAUAGCAAUCGAAUUUGAUAAUAUCAAGAUGGAGAACAUUAAAUUGGAUGGAGCUCAAGAUAGUUGGCAGAAAGCAACUCAAGUGUCACUAUCAUUGUUAGAAAAAUCAGAGGAUGAGAUUUUAAGUCUUGAAAUUAUUAAUAAUAAAUACCAGUCAACUCAAAAGACAGUUGAGGAAGCUUUGGAAUUUAAGAUUAAAACGAAAAGCAAAGAAUAUCUCGAACCAUUAAAAAAUCGACAAGAUGCAGAGUUGACAU